AACAACAAGAUGUCCGAGGACUGGUGUAAAUUGAGUUUCUUUACUACGCUGUUUUCAUGGGAUUUUGGCUUGCAAAGGAGGCUUGUUUUGGACACUGUUUGAGAUCGAUGCAUCUUACAGGGAAUUUCAUCUUUUAUGGAGAAAAUAAUUACAGUUAAGCAAGAACCUAUUGAUGAUGCAUAUCCGACACCACUAUCGACCACAACAGCAACGACAACAGCGUCCACUACCAAUAUCACAACAGCAGCACAGAAUGCAACUGCAAAAACCACAGCUGUGGUAACCUUACCUUCAGGAAUGGUGGCAACCAGGGCAGGACCUGCAGCAACUGUGCCUGCACCAGAACCUCAAAUAUUUUUCAUACAACCUAAACCAGAAGUUCAGAAGCAACAAUGUGCUGUUACUCAAGCCACUACCAUAGCAACCACAGCAGCACGAACUAUUACAACGGCUGCCCAGUCAAAGCCUCCCUUAGUUGUUAUCUCUGGUAGUCCCAUCAAGCUGACACCCAUAUCAAGGGGAGGUACAGCACUUACAGGUGGACAGACAAACUCUAGCUCUGCUGGCAACAUAACAUGUACCUUGGUUCAUGUACAGCCAUUUCCAAAUAAACAACAGAUUGCGCCUAAAACAGGAGGUUCUCCAAGCAAGCAAACUAUUCCAGUGCAAUUCCAAAAAUUGGUUCCCAUUAGUGUUGCAACUACAUCUUUGUCAAAGGUACAAACAGGCACAGCCCCUCAGUUCACAAUAGCUGCCCCCGCUGGAUCUGUCUCUGGUGUGCGGCACAUUGCUCCUAAAGUGAACAUGGUAUCAGCAGUUCCAACUGGACAGGCUGUACAAUUAACAACACCUACCGUGCAAGUAAGAAAUAUUGCUCCUGCCGUGGAGAAGACUGCGCAAGUUCCUCAGCAGCUGGCACCAAAGCCAGUCCAGACACAAGUAGGCAGUGGGGCUCAGCAACAAAGACUCAUUGUGCCAGCCCUACCCUCUACAAUACCACAGAUAACAACCGCAGGAGCCUCAGGCAGCCUUCAGUUUCCCCAUGGUGUAAUUAGUGGCGGGGUAGUUUAUCUUCCUCAGCAAGCUCUUGCUUCUGGAGGUUUUCCUAUUGCAGUACCUUUACAGGCUAAUGCCUUAAAUACUCAAGCUCAGGGAGGAAUGACUGUAAAUGGGAGUUCUCCUGAAUCAUCACCUCCCAACAGACCUCGCAAGCCUUGUAACUGCACAAAGUCACAAUGUCUUAAAUUGUACUGUGAGUGUUUUGCAAAUGGAGAAUUCUGCAGCAAUUGCAAUUGUGUCAAUUGCUGUAACAAUAUGGACCAUGAAAAGGAGAGGAGCAAGGCCAUUAAGGCUUGUUUGGAGAGAAAUCCUCAAGCUUUUCACCCAAAAAUUGGAAAAGGAAGGGGUGAUUCUGAUAGACGGCAUAACAAAGGUUGCCAUUGUAAGCGUUCAGGAUGCCUCAAGAACUACUGUGAAUGCUAUGAGGCCAAGAUUUUAUGUACGAAUCUUUGUAAAUGCACAGGAUGUAAAAAUUUUGAGGAAAGUCCUGAGAGAAAAACUCUCAUGCACUUGGCAGAUGCUGCUGAGGUUCGUGUGAAGCAACAGAAUGCUGCCAGGACUAAGUUGGAGUCUCAAAUAGAAGACCUCCCGUCCCGCCCAACUUUCUUAACAAACUCUGGAGAAAGACUUCCCUUCUCGUUUGUAACAGAUGAAGUGGUACAAGCAACCUGCCAGUGUCUCCUGGAGCAAGCCUCAGAGGCGGAAAAUAGUGAUUCCUGUUCCUGGUAGUGCAGCCAAUCCUGCGUGCAGGGAUUACCCUAUAACUUAUCGUCUAUAUGCGGAUUUUAUUAUCGUCUAUUUCCGGCUCUGGAAAGUGGACGUCGUCGUCUGAAUUUUUAGCAUUUACCUAUAGUAGUGUAAAUAGAAAGUUUGAAACAUUUUUCGCCCGUUAACAAUUUUUAACGCGCAGUGUAAAUAUAAUGCUGUGUUGACUAAACUUGCUAUCCUUGUGGUGCGCGUGUCGUGCGCGUGUCGUGCGGGACACUCGUGGGACCUCUGAGGAAAAACCCGCAGACACGAAAAUUACAAGGAAACGUCUGGGACGUUAGAUAAUUUUUAAGAGUAGGCGUUGGUUGGUGAUUGUAACGGAUCAUCUUUGUACGUCAUGUGCAUUUCAACUCAAUUCACUGUUGUUUGUUGUUGUCCAUCCAAGAAUAAAAGCCUGUUAAUAGAUA